AUUUGAUGGAGUGUAGUGGGGCGAAACAUCCAACGGCACAGCACAGAAACCAUUAUUCAUGUCAUAAAUGGAUAUGCGAACCUUACAAUGAUAUAGGAUUACUAUAGAAGUUUUGGAGUUGAAAUAUUUUAAAUUUGUUUGUGUUGUACGCUGGUGAAGGCGAUGGAGUUGGGUUGAUACUCCAUCAUAACACAAAAGCUAUAAAGUUGGCUGCAUUGCUGCAAAAUGACAGACAAAUAUUCUAAAUCAUGAGUUCGACAGCGUUGGUGACAGCUUUGCUUGGUGUAGCCUUCUGCAUAAUCAUCAUAGUCGUAUCAUUAGUAGCACGCAGAGCAUGGAAGCGGAGAAAGGUUCCUUCGGAAUAUCCGUUGAGGAAACAUUCCACUCCAACUCCGACAACACAACGAAAAUCAAGCAAGAUUUUUCGAAGUAAAUCCUUGGUGCGAAAUGAAAUCCCGGAGUUUGUGAUCCCAGGGACACAACUUCGGUUGGUACAACCCAUAAUAACCCCCCCGACACCGACAGUGAGAUCAACUUCCCCCCGCGCUACGAGUCCGACGGAGUUCACACAGAGCUGGAAACACGACGAUGAAGAAGCGUCGAGCAUCCAACCAAGAGGAUAUACAGUGUCAUUGCCCAUUCAUCGAAAAAUAUCGUUACAACCGUUAGUAGAACGUGAUACGAGAGAUGGAUCCGAGCUGAAGCGUAGAGCAUCAAGUAUCGUCACACCAAGGACAAGCCCACCCCAAGCCCCCACAUCACCGAAGAAGCCAUUAUCCCGUAACCCAAGCUCAAGCUCGAUCGACCUUCUCGCGAUAAAUGUACCGCCCUCCACCCGCAGCGCAGGCUCAAGCCUGGAAGGCUCUGGCAACUCUAGUCGCCAGUCCCCUGAUGAAAGCCCACGACUUCUGAGACUUUUCCGUCAAUCAAAGCAUCAGAUCAAACUCACUGGAGCAACUUUGGAAUUCUCACUCCAGUAACAAAUUAGCCAGCGUUCGUUGAUCCUGAACAUAAUGCGCAUUCGUAAUGUUAUGAUUCCGGUGGAACGCAAACAGGACGGGAAGUUAUGCCUCAGCAUUCAACUCAAGCCAGACAAGUUUAUCUGGGAGGCGCAAACCAAAAUAGUUCAGGGAACAGAGAAUCCAAUUUUUGGGGAGAUGUUCACAAUAAGCGGUUUCUCUUUAUCAAAGUUGCACGACUGCGCCUUGCUUUUCAGACUGAAUGAUUUUAAUGUUGAUCAGACUAUUGGCGAGGUGACCUAUUCACUGAGAGACCUACAGCCUGAUGUCUUCACAAGUCGGACAAGUCAACUACAGCAACCUCUUGGCGUUCCUAAGGAGAAAGAUCGCUCUUAUGUUGGUGAUUUACUGGUUUCCAUGGAUUAUGAUCCCAUCGAUUGGAAGUUGAACGUGAAGAUUAUCAGAGCCAGGGGGUUGCCUAAAAUGACGAGAGUUGGACACACAGACGCUUUUGUUAAAAUCAACGUGAUGCAGGAUUUAAACAGAAUCUUCAAAAGAAAAACCAAAGUACAGCAUCACGAAUGGAACCCAGAAUUCGACGAAGGAUUUGACUUUGAGUUAACACGCGAUCAGAUGCAAUCAACGAGCAUCACAAUGAAAGUGAUUCACCGCGGAAAACUACGAGAUCAUUUGAUUGGCGUCGUUUUGGUCGGAUUUAACGUUGACCCAACCGAGACGGGUUAUCAACACUGGAAUAUGAUGAUGGAUAAACCCAAUUUAUCAAUUGAACAAUGGCAUAAAAUAUAUCCUGUUUUGAAAUGAACAAUAACCUUCAAUAGCAUAUGCGAUAUGAUAUAUUUUUAAAGAAAUCGAUAGACUUAAUAUUGAACGGUUACACACUGCAUGAAGGCAAGGUGAAUAUACAUAGGUAAUAGUGAAAACCAUUCGGUUCUAUAUGCUAUAGCGUAGUGAAAAAUUACAACAAUUUUAUUUUAUCAAUUCUGCUGAAAACGCACAAAAUAAUUACACCGAUAUUUAUAUUUCGAGGUAAAAGGGCAAAUAUGCGAUCAGAGACCCUUAUAACCACUUAUGCUGUUAUAUCAGAUAUAAAACAAUGUAUUUCCUGAUUUCCUGAAAGAGUUUACUCAUGUAAAUUUUAAAACAUUUCUGUAUGGGAAUAUCACAAUGAAGUUAAUCCUAAAUGAAAACUGGUAAAACAGAUCCCUAUGAUCAGUUCUAGCAUAGGUAAGCUGACUUAUAUGCAAAAAUAUUCACGAAGGACUGGUUAUCAUUAUCAACAAUGAUACAUAAACAGGAUGUCUUCGUUACACAAACAAAAAACUCGACAUAGCUACUACGAGAGCAGAUUGCUGCAAGACUGUUAGUCGGUUAAAGGAUGAAGAAUAUAUUUCACAGAAUGAAUUUAAUCGUUUAUUUCUUAUUCUUGAUGUAAUAUUCUAUACUUGAGGUGGUAAAAUUUCAAUAAAACAUUAGAA